AUGUCAAAAGAUGUGUCUUGCCGAGAUCUAUGUCUGGUAAAAAAAUCAGCUUGGAAUCAUGUGCUACACAUGAGAAAAGUUCAAAAUACUGCCUUCCUGGAAGAACAUAUAUCUCCAAUUUUGGACAGUUUUUGACCUAUAGUUUUUUUUUAAUCCUAUAUGUUGGUCACUGAAAUAGGAUGAAUUUGUAGCCUAAACUGUUCUCUAUAAAAUAAAAUGUUCCCGGCCACAAAUGAUCGAGCUAUUGAUGAGAUAAUGUCAAAAUACUGAGUACACCCUCAAUAUAGCGAUUUUUAGGGGACCUAAAAGACCCUUAAAACAUGUUUCAGCUCGCAUUUUUCAUAGGUAAAGCUAAAUGACUUGAUAUUUUGGAUUUGUUUAUGGUUUAACUAGAUCUUUCAUUUGAGAUAAUAAAAUCGAAAAAAAAAUUUUUUACCGCGACGACGUUGGGGUCCCUUGUUGCGGACCCUCUCUUAAGUAUCCAAUCGACUUAGAGCGCAUACUUUGACCAUAAGUAGACCUCAAUAUGAUUAGCAAAAGCCUAAAAGGAUUCGUGCCAUUGAAUCUGUGGAACUGAAUUAUAAACGUUUUACUGGAUUUUUGCCCUAUGGCUCUAGUUUAGCUGCAAAAUUGAAUCUACAAAGGAUGGGGGUGCAUAAAGGUCAUUUUUGGGCCCU